AUGGCCCCGACACCAGGAUCAGGAAUGCCAGGGAUGGCAAAACAAUCGACACCCAAGACCAUGUCUUCGCGUCUGAUGACGAUGAAGUUCAUGCAAAGGGGUGCCGCAGCAGCAGCAGCGGCGGCGGCGACGGCGACGGACACACCCGAGGCCAGCUCGCCCAGGACCCCGCGGAGCGACGACGGCUCGGCCAAGCGGCGCAAGACGGCACACGCGCCCUCGGCCGCCAGCUCGCCCGCGACUCCGCUCUUCGACCAGCAGGCGAUGAAGUCGGCCGUGGAAGAGGAGGAGAAGAGGAACCGGGCGGCGAUCGAGAAGCGCGCUGCUGAGCUGGGUGACUCGCACUGGGUGCUAGAAGGCGCCGCGAGCCUGCCUCCGAGGACGGCCCGGCCGCUGCUGAAUGUUGUCGAAGUCGGGUUUGCUCAGAUUGACUACGCGGGCGCGUCGAGCAAGGACGAUGACCCGUUCGAUCUGGGCAGCGCGCCUGCCCAGCCGCAGUUUCAAAGGUUCAACAUGAAAAAGUCAAAGGCUAUCAAGAAGGAGAACAACGAAAGCGGUAACAGUGACUCUGAUUCCGGAUCUAGCUCGGGCUCAGGAGAGGUUUCCGACGACGACGAAAAGUCGUCGCCAGCACGCGCAGAGCCGAGCCGCGGCCGGACGAGUACCGUCGGCGACGCAGAGCGCAGGCGCGCGAGGUCUAGCGCCUCGGGCAGACGAGAAGAGGAGCGCAGGAAGGCGCAGCAGCUUGCCGGAAAGAGGCGGAAGAAGGAGAUCAAGUUGAACCAACUGACCUCGAUCUCGUCCGCAGGUUCGCAGGCGUUUCAACGGCCCUCUCCUGCUAUAUCUUGUCACGGGUGUGGGAAGCCUGGCCACAAGGUUGCCGAUUGCCCAAACAAGAAGCGCUGA